AUGUCGUCUGGGGGGCCUACCAGCUUCCUGGGCCGGUCCAGCAGCAGCAAUGCGAACAUGCGAGGCCUGGUCCAGUUUAUUGCCGAUCUAAGAAAUGCUCGCGCCCGAGAACUAGAGGAAAAGCGCAUCAACAAGGAGCUUGCGAAUAUCCGCGGAUAUCACAAGAAGAAAUAUCUAUUAUACAUUUACAUCCUAGGAUGGAAUGUCGACUUCGGACACCUCGAGGCCGUUAACCUCAUCUCGGCCACUAAGUACUCGGAGAAACAGAUUGGCUACCUCGCCAUGACGCUGUUUCUGCACGAGAAACACGAGCUUCUGCAUUUGGUAGUCAACAGUAUCCGAAAAGAUCUCUUGGACCACAACGAGCUAUUCAACUGUCUCGCGCUCCAUGCCAUUGCCAACGUGGGAGGGCGGGAGAUGGGUGAGGCUUUGAGCUCAGAGGUCCACAGGCUACUAAUCUCACCGACCUCCAAGGCGUUUGUGAAGAAGAAGGCGGCACUUACUAUGCUUCGCCUGUACAGGAAACACUCGGGCAUCGUCCAGCCGCAAUGGGCGGAAAGAAUAAUACACUUAAUGGACGACGUCGACCUCGGCGUCGGGUUGUCGGUGACAUCACUGGUCAUGGCUUUGGCACAGGACAAUCCGGACCAAUACAAGGGGGCAUACGCCAAGGCUGCCGGCCGACUGAAGCGCGUCAUCAUUGAUGGCGAGUAUGCGCCGGACUAUCUGUACUACAAGGUUCCCUGCCCCUGGAUCCAGGUGAAGCUGAUGAGGCUGCUGCAAUAUUUCCCACCUUCAGAGGACAGCCAUGUCCGUGGGAUGAUCCGGGAAUCCCUCCAAAAGACCUUGGACCUUGCGCUAGAGACGAACAAGAAUGUGCAGCAAAACAAUGCACAAAACGCGGUGCUGUUCGAGGCUAUUAACCUCAUCAUCCACCUCGAUACGGAACACAACCUGAUGAAGCAGAUCUCGUCGAGGCUCGGCAAGUUCAUCCAGUCACGGGAAACUAAUGUGCGCUACUUGGGUCUCGAGGCCAUGACCCACUUGGCUGCGCGGGCCGAAACGCUUGAUCCGAUCAAGCAGCACCAGGAGGUCAUCAUCGGCUCACUUAAGGACAGGGACAUCAGCGUCCGGCGGAAAGGCCUGGACCUGCUGUACAGCAUGUGCGAUUCGUCGAACGCCAGGGUCGUCGUCGGGGAGCUGCUGCACUACUUACAAAACGCAGAUUUCGCGAUUCGGGAAGAGAUGGUGCUGAAGAUUGCCAUUCUGACUGAAAAAUACGCCACCGACGUGCAGUGGUAUGUCGACAUUUCCCUCCGCCUGAUCGCGAUGGCGGGUGAUCACGUCAGCGACGAGGUGUGGCAACGAGUGAUCCAGAUCAUCUCCAACAACGAGGAGCUUCAGGUUUAUGCGGCCCAGAACAUCCUCCAGUAUUGCAAGCAGGACCACUGCCACGAGACACUGGUUAAGAUCGGCGCCUACAUUCUCGGCGAGUUCGGCCAUUUGAUUGCCGAGGAGAGGGGCUGCAGCCCGAUCGAGCAGUUCCUGGCGCUGCAGAACAAGCUACCGGCGUGCGGACCAACCACACGUGCCAUGAUUCUGUCCUGCUUUGUCAAAUACGUGAACCUGUUCCCGGAGAUCAAGCCGCAGCUCGUCCAUGUCUUCAGCGUCUACAGCCACACACUCGACCCAGAACUCCAACAGCGAGCGUGUGAGUAUCUCACGCUGGCAAGCCUGCCCACGGACGACCUGCUGCGCACUGUCUGCGACGAGAUGCCGCCGUUCCCGGAGCGUGAGUCGGCACUGCUUUCUCGUCUGCAUCAAAAGCACGGGGGAACGAGUGACAAGCGGACGUGGGUGGUGGGUGGCAAGGACGCUAAUGCCGAUGCGACCGAGCUUAUCAUGGCAAAACAGGGGGGGCUCAAGCGGACGUUUACCGUGAACAACAACGGGGCAGUCAACGGCGGUUCUGCCACCUCGGGGGCUAACGGCAGCGGCUCGGCGGCCAACGACCUCAUGGGCCUCGACAUGAACAACCUCGGCCCUGCCGAAGCUAAGGCGAUCAAGCCGCCUAACCUUGCCAGCGCAGCUCAUCUUUCGCCCAACUGGGAGCGCGGCUUCAACCGGUUGCUGCUCCGAGCCGACGGCGUGCUUUACGAGGACGGCCAGCUGCAGGUGGGCGUGCGGUCCGAGUACCGCGGCCAAAUGGCGUGUUUGAUCCUCUACUUCACCAACAAAACGCCCGCGCUCAUCUCCUCCUUCACCACCACGCUCGACCUCGACCCGGCCGAGAAGGCACACCUCACCUGGGAUGUCAAGGGCCUACCCGACACGACGAUCGCCCAGGGCGCGCAGGCCCAGCAGGUCAUCAUGUUCGAGGCGAAGAAGGUGUUCGAGAAGAGCCCGACCAUCCGUAUCAGCUACCUGGCCGGGGCCUUGCAGGCGCUCACGCUGAAACUGCCGGUGACGGUGCACAAGUUUAUGGACUCGGCUGAGCUAUCGGCGGAGGACUUCUUCAAGCGGUGGAAGCAGAUCGGCGGCGCGCCGCGGGAGGCGCAGGAGAUCUUUGGGCUGGCGGGCGGGAGCCGGGCGCGGGAUAAUGGGAGGGAGAUCACUGAAGGGUUUGUCCGGCAGGUUGUGGAAGGGUUUAGGUGGGGGCUGUUGAAUGGUGUGGACCCUAACGGGAAGAACUUUGUCGGUGCUAGUGUUGUGCACACGUCGGAGGGCGGCAAGUAUGGGUGCCUGCUGCGGUUGGAGCCGAACUAUCAGACUCAGAUGAUCCGCCUCACGAUCCGCGCAACCGAUGACGCGCUACCCCCGCUCUUACUCAAGAUGAUGCAGGAACGGUUGGCACGCGGGGUGUCAACGCUGCCUUUGGAGCGUGGUCACGGGCAGCCGACCGUUAGUGAGAUCUCGGACUCGUUUCGGAGUAUCAUGGUGACGACGAGUAGUCGGUGA